AUGGCUCCCGCUACUGUUACUAUUGCCAGCGGCGCGACGUGGCAGGAGGUGGCCGCCGAUCGGCAGCGACACAGAGAUGAGUCGAUCGCAGCGGUCCGCCCACCUGUGCCGGAAAUACGCCCGGAAGACGUGCCCGUUAGCACCAUCGCCAUCCCGGAGAAGCUGCUGACCGCGAGGGAGGUCCAAAUCACCAGCCUAGACGUCCCGGAUCUGGCCAAGAGGGUAGCCUCAGGCGAGUGGAGCACGACGACCGUGGUCAACGCUUUCUUGCGCCGCGCAGGCAUAGCCCAGAAGCUCACCAACUGCCUCACCGAGCUGCUUCCCAAACGAGCCCUGGCCCGAGCAGCGGAGCUCGACCGGUACUUAGCUGACAACGGGAAGCCGAUAGGCCCGCUCCACGGCGUGCCAUUUAGCGUCAAAGAGCACAUUGGGAUAAAAGACGAGGAUAUCAACGCCUCCUUCGUGAGCUGGGUCGGCCGGGUGUCCAAGGAAGAUGCUCUGGUCGUGCAGUGUCUGGAGGAGGCGGGGGCAGUGGUUUUCGCCAGGACGACGCAGCCACAGACUCUGAUGCACAUCGAGACAAGCAACAAUCUCUACGGGGUGACGGUGAAUCCCCACAACACCACUCUAACAGCGGGGGGCUCGACGGGCGGAGAGGGGGCUCUGAUCGCCCUCCGCGGUUCUCUUUUGGGGAUUGGAACCGACAUCGGCGGAUCGAUCCGAGCGCCGGCAGCGAAUAACGGCAUCUUCGGCUACAAGCCCACCACCAUGCGCAUGCCUACCGCCGGCUGGUCUAUCGCCAUGGGCGGGGCCGAGUCUAUCCUCGGGUCCGUCGGGCCCCUGUCCACCAGUCUCGAGGGGUUGAGGCUCUUCGCCCAGACGGUCGUCGGCAGGAGGCCUUGGCUGAGACAGCCGAGCCUGGUGGCCAUGGACUGGAGGGACCCGGCGCAGUUCUUCCCGGACAGGAAGAUUCGGGUCGGCGUCAUCCGGAACGACGGCGUCGUGAGGCCGCACCCGCCUAUCCUUAGAGCUAUCGACGAAUUCGUAACGAAGCUGAAGAGCCACCCCAACAUCGAGAUUGUGGACUGGAAGCCCUGGAGGCACGACCUGGCGUGGUCCGUCAUCGCGAAGCUGUACUACCCGGACGGCGGGAAGGAGAUCAAGGAGAUCGUGGAGUCGUGCGGGGAGCCGUGGCGGCCGCUGUCCAAGUUCAUGCUGCACGAGAACCCGCACGUGGAGCCGCUGACGAUCGAGACGCUGUGGGACGCUGUGGUGGCGCGCGAGGAGUACCGGAACAAGUACGCGCAGCUGUGGAACGAGACGGCGGCCGGGCGCGCCGACGGCCGCCCGCUCGACGUGAUCCUGUGCCCGGCGACGCCGAGCGUCGCGCCCAAGCUCGACACCAGCCGCUACUGGGGCUACACCGCCCAGUGGAACCUGCUCGACUACCCCGGCAUCAUCUUCCCCACGGCCGACUUCGUCGGCGCCGGCGGCCCCGACGCCGCCGCCCGCGAGGCCCCGUACGCCUACCCCGACGGCUACGAGCCACUCAGCCCGAGCGACGCGUACUUCCGCGACCAGUGGGCCGAGCACGGCGUCGAGGGCUACGUCGGCGCGCCGAUCUCGCUGCAGCUGGUCGCCAGGAGGUACGACGACGAGAAGCUGUUCAAGGCGGUGCAGAUCCUGCUCGAGACGGCGGGUCUGCCGACCGCGGUACCCGCCUAAGCAGGACAGGUUCGGUCCAGCGGCGGGGUUGCGUAGGGAGGGGAUGUCGGGAUAAGAUGCUAGGACGGCAGGACUUCGUGGUCGAGGAUUGUGGUUUUGUGUCCAUAUAUGUAAAACGCGCUAGCUCGGAACACAUGACGCCCGAAGCUAAGGCGGCCUUAGUUACUACCGAUGUUCUAGGUGGUGGCUCGAAUAUACAUCUCCCAGUAAUGCACGCGUGUCUGUAUAAUUCUACAAGUAUUGAUGUAUCUGUCCCCGCGCCUCUCGGCUGACGUGUAGUACUUGAGACGGGGCCAGCGUGAAGUAUGCGUAGUUUCUAGCUCACUUUGCGAUAGAGAGCUAGGCGGAUAGAGCCGCAAUCGGGGCCGCCUGUAGACUAUGCGGUGUA